CAUCUCUCCCGUCUACGAAAUGGCGUACCCAACGCGUACACGGGUAUCCACCCCGUCCAUCCAAAACUCCUACACAAACCGGACUUCUUAUACCUCGACACGCCCAGCUCCAUCUCCGGCCCCAGUGCCAGUCCUCUCCCAUCAAGCAGCCGUAUACCAACAUCCUCAGACAUACCCUCCCGGACCAUGUCCCUUCUUCCUCCCUCCACCAGGCCAAAAGACAACUGACCCAUCGCUGUCUACUCAACCCACUACCCAAGCGCUUUACACGACUUAUCCGUCAAGGUUGAGGACCGGAGUGACCGGGCUGAUACAACCUGAGCGCGUAUCGGGCGGGCCAAAGGAGAGGAAAGCGUUCUUGGCAGAGUUGGAUAGGGAGAUGCCUUUUGGCGGGGGCGUCAGUACGCCAGGAUAUGGUAGAUUUUCAGGCAGUGGAACGAGCACCCCGCGAUUCGACUCGCCCGCUCCCUUUCCCUCCUCUAGACGCAUGACGGCCGCUUCAGCAGCAACUGGGGCAGGACUCGGAUCAAGUAGAAGGGGAAGGGUGGUGAACUAUGCCGAAAAGGCGUCAGAUGAUGAAGAUUUUUCGGAAGAGGAGGAUGAUUUUGGGGAAGCGGCUUCUGAUCCGGAUGAUGUAGAUUACGGUUCACGGCGAAGGCGCGCUGCCGGAGGAGGGAGUCGGAAGGAAAGCGCGGCGCCGUUAGUUGUGGGUGGGCUUGAACAUCAAGCGGCCAUGAGGGCGGGGAAAUUGAGACGGAAAAUGGAGGAAUUGGAUAGGGGAUGGACGUGGUUGGGCGAUAGGACCCCUGGAGAUAGGGUGAGGAGCCAGGUUGCAGGUGUGACCAAGCAUGUUUACAAGUCAGAAGAUGAAUUGCAAAAAGAAGCCGAACGGCCCGAGAUGCUUAUCCCCAUAACCAUCGAUUUUGACGUCCAAUCUACCCAUCCCGAUCAACAAGGACUGAAAAUCCGAGAUCGUUUCCUAUGGAAUCUGAACGAACCGUUCAUCACUCCUUACCAAUUCUCAAUCAUCUUUUGCGAAGAUAUCGGGAUCCCAAUCUCGCCUUAUGCGCAAAGAAUCCAAGAUUUAAUUGAAAAACAGAUUGAGGAGAAUCAGAAUGCGGCGGAAAUUGAUGUAACGAAUGAAGAGGUGACGGAGAAUGAUGUAGUCUGGAGUGAUGAAGAGGUUGAGGGAGUCAUGGAUGAUGCAGUUGAAAAUGGAGAUGGGAUAAAAGGUGGAGAUGAUGAAUCCAAGGAACGACAAGUGGAAGAGGAGCAAGAGCAAGAACAAGGGCAAGAUGAGAAAGAGGACAAGGAGAGAUCGAGAAAGAGGAAGAGGGAGAGGGAAGAAAAAGACGACAAGGAGCGAAAUUGGGCAGAGCCCGAUUGCCGUAUCAUCGUCAACCUUGACGUCCAAAUCUACUCUUACCUCCUGCGCGACCGCAUCGAAUGGGACCUUUCUUCUCCCCUUCCACCAUCCCUUUUCGCCAAACAUUACUGCACCGAACUCGGCCUCACCGGCGAAGCCAUCCCUGCCAUCACAUGUGCCAUCACCGAAGAACUCUUGAAACAUAAACGUGACGCGCUCGAUCUCGACCUUUUUGCAGCUACACACCCUGUCGAACAAGCCAAGUGGGAAAAGGGAACAGCACAGCCGAGGGUGAAUGUGAACCAAAAAGGGGGAGCGAAAGCGUUGGUAGGUGUUUGGAGGGAUUGGUGGGAGCGAGAAGAGUUUGGGCCGGUUUUGGUAGAGUUGACGAUGGAGGAGAUGGAGAAGAGGGAUAUGGAGAGAACGAGGGAGGUAAGGAGGAAUAAUAGAGCUGGAGCGCCUUUGAAGAGAAGAAGGUGAAAAAGUAAAGUAGGCAUUAAAGUGUUUAAUUUUUUGGUUUCGCUUUGGGUCUCUGAAUACACAUGUCGUUCCCUUAUUACUCUUCCUUUUUUUGCUUGCGUCGUAUCGCCCGAAUCGUGAUGUUUUUUCCCCCCCAAACACUUCUGAUCAUUGUAAAUGAUUGGAUCGUAGACUACAAUUGAAAAGUAGCGAAUGUCUUCCUGCCUGAAUGUUGGACAAAUCAACUGUGGUCGUACUGGGAAGCAAAGACAUCAUCACGCAAAUUGGUGGACGGCCCAUUGAAAGCAGGACAUAGAGAUAAGAGAAGCGGUAGGUAUGGGUCCUUUUUAUUUAUCCAGAGAUAGAGAGGUAUAUAUACGAUAAAUAGGAGUAGAGCGGCAGAAGAAAGUAAUAGUACCAUCGAAGGGGAAGACGAAGACCGACGGAG